AUGUUAUCUGGUGGUUCAUCAGAGGAAGUUAAUCCAACUGAGCUAACUCCAUCUAAAAGGAGAGUGUCAACAGUUGUCAACUUGGAGGAAGAGUUUGAUCGGAAUUCGGUUACUAAAACUGCAUGCACUGUUCGAGUUAAGAAGGAGAAGAACACAAAAUCUUCUAUUAAAUCACCGGAGAUGGUUCAACCGGAGGAAAACAGAGCUAUGUUGGGUGAGAUUACAAAUCAGGCAUACAACGAACAAAGAGAUGCAAGAACAAAAAGGUUUAACAUCUUGCGGCAGAAGAGGAAAUUUAGUGAAACAAAUCCAACUCCUACAAAACCUAAACAGUUGAAUAUACAACCAUCUAUUCUACUCUCAGCUGCAUCCGAGAGUUCUGAAAAUCACUAUAUCAUUGAAAGUCACAUUGCUACUGCGAAUAUUGGUAAUCCGCCUAAGAAGAGGAUACAAAGGCAUCAAGAACGCAUACAUGAAGGUUUCAAAUUUACUGCUAAAGCCACAACUCAACCAGCAUCUUCCUUCUUCAAAAACAAUAGUUGUGGCACUUCAAGUGUUAGUCAGUGUACUGUUGAUACGACACAACCCACACUAACUAGACCUACUAGACAGUUUCCCUGCAAAUUGUCAAGUCAAAGGACUACACCUCAGCCUAGCAGUCAAAACCGUUGGUCAGGAAAAUCUAUUAUCUCGAGCGUGGACUCAGAUUCAUCUGAUUGCUCAGAAGAUUAUUGGGCAAAUACCAGUGAUGAAGAUCACAAUUAUGACAUUUUGUCGGACACAGACACUGAUGACGAACAGAUCGAUAUUGUACAACGCCGAGCAGUAACCAACCAGGUGUUUGAGCGUUUUGCUCGAGCAUUUGGUGAUUCACUAACCAAAGUUAAACCAAGAUCAACUGCUUCAAUUGUGUCGGCUAAAAAGGAGGAAGAGUAUAAAGACGAUGGGGACCUUGAAAAUGAAUGUCCAAAAUGUGGGGCACUAUUUUGGUUUAACGAAAGGAUUGGCAAGACCCGGAAAACAAGAAAGCCCACAUUUACAAUGUGCUGUCUUAAUGGUAAAAUCAAGCUUCCACUGCUUAAGGAACCCCCUGAAUAUCUUAUGGGACUGCUAACCAAAGAUGAUGUUAUUAGUAAGCAUUUCAGGGACAAUAUUAGACCACUAAAUAUGAUGUUUUCCUUUACAUCGCUUGGUGGCAAAAUUGAUAAUUCUACCAACAGAGGUAGAGGACCGAAGAUUUUUAAAUUACAUGGUGAAAAUUAUCAUUUGAUUGGAAGUGUGAAACCAAAGCCCGGUGAAACUGCCAAGUUUUCUCAGUUAUAUAUACAUGAUACAGAAAACGAAGUUCAAAACAGGUUGUCAGCGUUAAGUGGCAAUUCUGAAAGGAGCAAAAUCAGACCAGAUUUGGUAGAGUCUAUUAUGAACAUGUUACGGGGUUGUAAUGUUCAUGUGAAGACCUUCCGUAAUGCGAUGGAUAGAUUUAACAAUGAAUCUGAAUGUCAGGAUGUGUCAUUGGUUUUGAUCAAUGAUCGCCAGAAGGAUGGCAGAGUAUACAAUUUGCCUACAUCGUCUGAAGUGGCUGCUUUGGUUGUUGGAGAUUUUCAGCUUAAUAUGGAUAAAAGGGAUAUUAUCUUGGAAAAGAAUUCUGGGAAGCUAAAAAGGAUCAACGAGUUGCAUCCUUGCUAUCUACCUCUUCAAUAUCCACUAAUUUUUCCAUACGGAGAGGAUGGUUUUCGUCUAGGUAUCAAGAAUGGUUUUACAGGAAUCACCAAAAAUAAGAAAGCAAAUAUUAGCAUGAGGGAAUUCUUUGCAUAUCGAAUACAAAUUCGAAAGGUUGGAUCACAAGCACUUUUACUUUCGAGGCGUUUACAGCAGCAGUUUUUAGUUGAUGCUUAUACGAUGAUUGAAACUCAGCGUCUUCGAUAUAUAAGGAAAAAUCAGUCCAAUUUGAGGUCAUUGAAUUAUUCUAAAUUUGUGGCUGCUGCAAAUGAUGGUCUUUCUUCUCUGCCUAUCGAAGGAAACCGUAUCAUCAUACCCUCAUCAUUCACAGGUGGUCCGAGAUAUAUGCAUCAGAUGUAUUUGGAUUCUGUUUACACCAUAGAGUUUCAAAAACGAGGGCUUCCACAUGCGCAUAUUUUGCUAUUCAUGGAUCCGACAGCUAAAUUUCCAAGUUCUGAUGAUAUUGAUCGGAUAAUAUCAGCUGAAAUUCCUGAUAAAAAGGAAGAGCCGCGUCUCUAUGAGGUUGUAAGAGACACAAUGAUUCACGGACCAUGUGGUGUUGUUAACAAGAAUUCACCAUGUAUGAUUGAAGGGCGGUGUACCAAAUUCUUUCCUAGAAAGUUAGUGGAGAAGACUACAGUGGAUUCGCAGGGGUAUCCUAUCUAUCGGAGAAGAGAAGGUGGGUGUUUUGUUGAGAAGAAAGGAAUUCAGUUGGACAACAGGUUUGUAGUUCCUUACAACAAGAAGCUACUUCUCGCUUAUAAUGCGCACAUUAAUGUUGAGUGGUGUAAUCAGUCCCGAUCUAUUAAGUACUUAUUUAAGUACAUCCACAAAGGGCAAGACUGUGUCACAGCAACAGUUACUCAGAAAGUUAAUAAGGAAUCAAGUGGUUCAGGAACAGCACAAAAUAGUAGGAAUGAUGGAGAGCAUGUAAACACUGUUGGAGGGUCUGUAGACACUGCAAGAGUAUCAUCAGGUGUUAACGCUGAUGGGGAAACAGUAGGUGGUAACACUAAUGGGGAAGCACUGGAACCAACUGUUGAUGAAAUUAAGAAAUAUUUUGAUGCAAGAUACAUAUCAUCUUGCGAGUCUACUUGGAGAAUUUUGGCAUUUCAUACACAUUUCCGAAGUACACCAGUUGAAAAGCUAACAUUUCACCUAGAAGGAGACCAACCGGUAAUAUAUAGGGAAGGUGAUACAGUGGAAACUGUUAUGGCUCGCGUGAGUGUGAUGAAAACUAUGUUCUUAGCAUGGUUUGAUUGCUGUGAAGAAUUCCCUGAAGCUAGAUUACUUACCUAUGCAGAAAUGCCAACAAGAUUCAUAUAUGAUGACAAGCAACAAAAAUGGAGAAAACGGAAAAAAGGUUUUGCAAUAGGUAGGUUACAGCAUGUUUCUCCAAGUGAAGGACCACGUUACUAUCUGAGGGUUUUGAUAAAUAAGAUUAGAGGUCCUCGGUGUUAUGAUGAUAUCAAAACAGUUGAUGGGAUCGUUCAACCGAGUUUUGAAGAAGCAUGUUAUAAGCGUGGUUUGUUGGAUGAUGAUCAAGAAUAUAUUGAAGGAAUAAAAGAAUGUAGCUUUUGGGCAUCAGGACCCUAUGUGCGAAAGUUUUUUGCACAAAUGCUUUUAUCUGAAAGUUUAUCAACGCCCAAAUUGGUGUGGGAAGCAACCAAAGAUAUACUAUCAGAAGAUGUUUUGCACAUUGAGAGAAAAAAGCGGGGAAAUCCAGGUUUGAUAUUGAGUGAAGAACAAAUUCUCAAUUGUACACUUUUGAUGAUUGACAAGAUCUUGCGCAGUAAGAACAGUAGCCUGGAUAAAUGGAAAUCAUUGCCCCAACCCAUUGAUAACAAUCAGUUAAUAUCAGAUAAUCAGCUCUUACAAGAUGAACUUAGCUAUCCUCAGAAUGAGUUGCGCGUAAGACAUGAAGAAUGGUUUCGACAGUUGACAGAGGAGCAGCGGGCUGUGUAUGAUCAGAUCAUAGGCUCCGUCGAUAGUUCAUUAGGUGGAGUUUUUUUUGUGUAUGGAUUUGGUGGGACAGGAAAAACUUUUUUGUGGAAUAUUUUGUCUGCUGCUAUCCGUUCCAGGGGAGAUGUGGUGCUUAAUGUGGCUUCUAGCGGCAUUGCCGCUUUAUUGCUUCCUGGGGGAAGGACUGCUCAUUCCAGAUUCAGCAUUCCGAUAAAUCCUGAUGAAUUUUCUAUUUGCAAGAUACAACCUGGGAGUGAUCAAGCUGAAUUAAUAUCUAGAGCUUCUCUUAUUAUUUGGGAUGAAGCUCCGAUGAUGAGCAAACGUUGCUUUGAGGCUUUAGAUCGGAGUCUAUGUGACAUUAUGAAGACUACAGAUGAAAGACCUUUUGGUGGAAAAGUUGUUGUUUUUGGCGGUGAUUUUAGACAAAUACUCCCUGUAAUUCCAAAAGGGAACCGAGCAGAAAUAGUAAUGGCGUCUCUGAACUCUUCGUAUUUGUGGAGGCAUUGCAAAGUUUUGGAGCUUACCAAAAACAUGAGGCUUUUUUCAGAACCUGAUAGUCGUGAAGUUGAGGAGAUUACAGAGUUCUCUAAAUGGAUAUUGGAUUUAGGAAAUGGGAAAAUUAAUGAGCCAAAUGAUGGAGAAAUCAUGAUUGACAUACCAAAGGAUCUUCUGAUUACUGAAUGCAACGAUCCUACUGAGUCUAUUGUUUCAGAAGUUUAUGGGAAUACAUUCAAAGAUUCAAAAGACCCAAUUUUUUUCCAGGAAAGAGCUAUAUUGUGUCCAACAAAUGAAGAUGUUGACAUCAUUAACAACUAUAUGCUUGAUCACUCAACAGGUGAUGAAAGAAUAUUUUUGAGCUCUGAUAGCAUUGAUCCAGCUGAUACAAACUCACAAGAUGACUCAGUUUUCACGCCUGAAUUUCUCAAUAGUAUUAAAAUUUCAGGGUUGCCUAAUCAUUGUUUAAGGUUGAGGAUUGGAACACCCGUGAUGUUAAUGAGAAAUCUUGAUUCUAAUGAUGGUUUGUGCAAUGGGACAAGGUUGCAGAUAAGUCAGUUGUCUUCUCACAUUGUUGAAGCAAAGAUUAUCACAGGAACUAGAGUUGGUGAAAGGGUAUUCUUACAUCGUAUUCUAAUCACACCGACAGAUUCUAAGAUUCCUUUCAAGAUGAGGCGUAGGCAAUUUCCAUUGAAAGUGGCAUUUGCAAUGACGAUAAAUAAAAGUCAGGGUCAAACACUUGCGAAGGUAGGUUUUUAUCUCCCUAGACCUGUUUUUUCACAUGGACAGUUAUACGUGGCUGUGUCUCGUGUGAAAUCAAGGAAAGGAUUAAAGAUCCUUAUUACUGACAAGGAGGGGAAACCACAGAGUUCAACUAUGAAUGUGGUUUACAAGGAAAUUUUCCAGAACUUAUUUGAAGAUAAGGAAGAAUAGGUAGUAUGUGUUUGAUUUAUGUUUUCAGUCGUAAGAUGGGGAGUCUUUACAAAGCGUGUCUAAUAAAGUAUGUCAUGUAAUAACCUAUUUCAUUUAUUUUCAGUGGAGCUACUUCAGUUUCUUUUAAUAAGGAUGUGCUGUAAUGAAGCUAUGAUCAUCUCAUGUAAGUGUGUAGAUAUAAUUUCUUUGCUGAAUGUCUUUAUCGGUUAUAUACUUUGUAUUACAAAUAUUAUAUUACACAGAGGAUUUGUAUAUGUCUCUCAUUUAGCAAUCUCAUUUAAUCUUUUUCAGGACAUUGCCGACAUAUCAAAAGACACAAUUUGCAAGAAAAGACAAUGUAUACCUAAAGCACCAGAACUACAAUACCUGGCCAAGUCUACACAUGCUAGUAAAUUUUCUUAUUCAGUUCAAACAUUGGCUACGAGAAUAUCUAUCCUUUUUUAUAAUCAAAUUCUAUCAGAAAUGCCUAUUUAUUGGAUUAUUCAGAUUUUUUCAUUUCUCUUCAUACUAACCUUAUGUCGACAGACAGAGAGAAUGGCUUGUGGUGUUCUAACAUGUGGGCUUCAAUUCGUAGAGGUCCAUUAAGAAAAUGAAUUUUGCUGGCCAUUUUCUGGAAAAAAGGUUUACUGAAAAUUAGUAAUCAUAACAGUUAAUGCAGAUUAUGUAUGCAAUAAUAUUUUAAUUAUAACUUGGACUGUAUUACUGAUCUCUCUGAUCGUAAAUUUUUUUGCCUUAUUCUCACUUUUCCAUAUUUAUUUGUUAUCAUAAAUAUUCUUAUAUGCCUAAGAUUAUCAUUAUUGGUCUUUCCUAUUA